CCCCCAAAAGUUGUGAUGCUUUUCUUUACCCAGUGCUUUGGGGCUGUGUUAGAUCUCAUUCACCUCCGCUUUCAGCACUACAAGGCUAAACGGGUUUUCUCCGCCGCUGGGCAACUUGUCUGCGUUGUAAACCCCACGCACAACCUCAAGUAUGUGUCCAGCUGCCGAGCCGUCACUCAGAGCACACCAGAGCAAGGCAACUUCCCCCCUCACCACCUCACCCACCACCACCGCCAUCACCGCCCCCACCCGCACCUUCGCCACCACGCUCGCCCGCACCACCUCCACCACCAGGAGGCGGGGCUGCACGCCGCCCAGGUGACACCCUGCAUGUGCCCCCUGUUCUCCUGCCAGUGGGAAGGCCACCUGGAGGUGGUGGUGCCCCACCUGCGGCAGAUGCACAGGGUUGACAUCCUUCAGGGAGCGGAGAUCGUCUUCCUGGCCACGGACAUGCACCUCCCCGCACCAGCCGAUUGGAUCAUCAUGCACUCCUGCCUGGGCCACCACUUUCUGCUGGUGCUUAGGAAACAGGAGAGGCAUGAAGGGCACCCCCAGUUCUUUGCCACCAUGAUGCUGAUCGGGACCCCCACCCAGGCCGACUGCUUCACCUAUCGCCUGGAGCUCAACAGAAACCAUCGGCGUCUCAAAUGGGAGGCCACGCCCAGGUCUGUUCUCGAGUGCGUGGACUCGGUGAUCACCGACGGGGACUGCCUCGUCCUCAACACCUCGCUGGCCCAGCUCUUCUCUGACAACGGCAGCCUGGCCAUCGGGAUCGCCAUCACUGCCGCGGAGGUCUGCUCCUCAGAAGCCGAGAUGUGA